AAGCCAUGAUGGCAGUUUGAGAGCGGAGCUGCGGAGCACCCUGAGGAGAGAUGAGUCCCGACGACAAACCGCACAUCUUUACGCUUCUUCGACGACCACCUUCGCAUCUAACAUACGGUUAAAGUGGAGACUGUCCGUAGUCAUUUUUCACGGAACUACACUGACCACCCAGCGACGACGAUGAUCAUUCGUUAGGAGUUUUUUUUUUAGGGGGUUUAGCUGUGGUGGCUAGCGGGCGAUGCUAGUCGGGAAAGGCUCGCCUGUGUGUUGUCUUCUUCGCGCAGAGAUGGAGAGGAUUCGCUCCUCUCUCUGGACCUGAUCACGGCGCGCGCGCCUGACACACAGACUUCUGCCUUAUUAUUGUUGCUAUUAUAUCGGAUGCGUUCCAGUUUGACGGGACCGCAGGAUUGGAGGACCUUUUCAGCUGCUCGGAGGACUGCGCGAUCGAGUCCGGGAGAGUGGGGCCUGCUGCGCCGGAGCGGAUAGAGGCCCGUCUGCGUGAAGCCCGAAUCCGGCCCGCUGCGCGAGACCAACCGGGCCAGUCCGCGCGCUCACUCGUACAUACACACAUACAUAUAUACACUCUCGAGGGUGAGAAAGGGACAGAGCCGUCCCGAGUACAAAUUACCCUUUUCUCUCUAACAAUAACCCAGGAAUAAACUGAAGUUCCUUGAAUUGCUGUCAUGGAGUUCAAAGCAAAAAUUAAAUUAAUAGUCAGUCGGAAUAAGAGGAGGUUCCAGGAAGAUGGAUUCGAUUUGGACCUGACAUACAUCUACCCAAACAUCAUUGCCAUGGGCUUUCCCGCCGAACGGUUGGAGGGGGUUUACAGAAACAACAUUGAUGACGUGGUUCGGUUUUUGGAUUCAAAACACAAGAAUCAUUAUAAAAUCUAUAACCUAUGUGCUGAACGAAACUAUGAUGCAUCUAAAUUCAACUGCAGGGUGGCACAGUAUCCGUUUGAGGACCACAACCCGCCUCAGCUUGAGUUAAUAAAGCCCUUCUGUGAGGAUCUUGACCAGUGGUUGUCUGAGGACGAGAACCAUGUAGCCGCCAUCCACUGUAAAGCUGGCAAAGGUCGCACUGGUGUCAUGAUUUGUGCCUACCUUUUGCAUCGCAAGAAGUUCUUAGAUGCACAAGAGGCACUGGACUUUUAUGGGGAAGUUAGGACCAGGGAUAAAAAGGGGGUAACUAUUCCCAGCCAGCGUAGGUAUGUGUAUUACUACAACUUCUUGCUGAAGAACAAGCUGGAAUAUAAACCAGUCGCUCUCCUCUUCCACAAGAUGGUUUUCCAGACUCUGCCUAUGUUCAGUGGGGGAAAUUGUAGGGACAGUACUGUUAAAAACAGGAGUGAGGUGAAUCCCCAGGGCUUCAAGAAAGGCAGCUGGCACUGGGACCCUCAGUUUGUUGUGUAUCAGUUGAAGGUGAAGAUCCAUACGUCAAACCCGGCCCACACGCGGAGGGAAGAAAAGCACAUGAUCUUUGAGUUCCCUCAGCCUCUUCCUGUAUGUGGUGACAUAAAAGUGGAAUUUUUCCACAAACAGAGCAAGAUGAUGAAGAAGGAUAAAAUGUUCCAUUUCUGGAUAAACACAUUCUUCAUCCCGGGUCCCGAGGAAGCCGGGGAGAAAGUGGAGAAUGGGUCUGUGGUCAACGAUGUGGACAGCCUCUCCUCCGAAAGCCAAAGCUCUCUGGUGGAGAAGGAGCGAGGAGUCGGAGGUGGACUUGAAAGAGACAAAGCAGCUGAAAGGGGAGGAGAGCGAGCGGGAACAGCAGACGGAGAUAAAGACUACUUGAUUCUGACCUUAACGAAGAACGACCUGGACAAGGCCAAUAAGGACAAAGCUAACCGUUAUUUCUCACCCAACUUCAAGGUGAAUUUGUACUUCACCAAGACGGUCGAGGAGCCCUCAAACUCAGAAGCAAGCACUUCAACUUCUGUCACUCCGGAUGUGAGCGACAAUGAACCUGAUCACUACCGCUAUUCUGACACCACUGAUUCAGAUCCUGAAAAUGAACCUUUUGAUGAGGAACACCACACACAGAUCACAAAAGUGUGAACACUUUUGGCAUCUGCACACAUGCAUACAAACACACACAAACAUACAUGCCGUACAAAAACAAGACAAACCAACCAACACCAGUGAAAUAAAAAAAGGAGAAAACUUGAAAAUAAACUGAAGAGAAAAGGACCCUUCCUCCCCCACUCCCUCCACCCUCCAACAGCUCAAAGACAGUUUGUGUCACGUCAAAUGCCAUUGAUCACAGAUGACAAAAGUAUUCUGACCAAUAUAUUGUUUUACUUCAUUUUGAUUGUGAUGAAUUUCUUGUGUGGUUCAUAAACACUGUUGCCUGAGGUGGGAGGGAGGGUCCUGUAGCUAUUCUGUGUAUAUAAAAUCCCUUUUUUGUGUCAAAGACAAUAAAUCUAGGCAAUCAGGGGAGGGGAGGCGAGGGAUCGCAGACCACACAUCUCUCCUCCCUGUCUUCACCCAGGCCAGUGCUGCAAUUACUCUCUCCCCCUCUCUCUCGCUCUUCCCCCUCCUUACUGUGAAUGCUUCUCGUGCUGUCUGCAGGCGCUAAGACCUUUGAUCCCUUUCCUGCGCAGUGUGUGCUGGGACAGGCUGUCGUGCAAAGGCUCUACAGUGUGCCAGCGUUCCUUGUCCUAGCAUCACAACCCCCCCCCCCCCACUGUGUAUAAUGAUAAAUUAUGCAGAAAAACACGACAUCCCAUGUAAUUGUCGAUGUUUUUCUUUAUUUUUCUUUUCUUUUUUUUAUCCUAAGAUAAUAAAAAAUAUAAUACACGAAAGCGCAGGGAACCAGUGUUUGCAAUAAUGUUAACACUCAACAUUUAAAGGACAACUUGGUGUGCAUGUCAUUGGGAGUCAGUGUCCAUGUUUAAUAAAUGCUAUAUGAUGUGUUUUUAUUAAAACAUAAGUGUCCGAA